AUGUCGAAUGAUAAUCACAAAACUGAACUAACCACCCUACUUAAUGAACUAAUGUCUGAUAUUGACUCAAAGCCACUACACCCCAAAAAUAAACUGCUCCUCUACAGUCGCUACGUCUUGUCCAAGUUAGCGUGGCACUUCACCGUCGCAACACUCUCUAAAACAUGGGUUACUGAAAAUAUCGACUCUAUUACCAACAAAUAUAUCCGCAGAUGGCUUGAAGUACCAAUAUCAGGAACACUAAGUACUGUCUUUCUAACAAAUAACAAAUUUGGCCUGAGUAUUUAUCCUCCAUCUGUAAAAUUUAUCCAGUGUCAAACAGUCCUCCGAAAAGCUUUAAAAUCUUCUCCUAAUGAAUCAACUAACAACCUGUGGAGAGCAACCAGUAACCAUACUAAUAUCCAAUAUGACGCUUAUAACUCUACUAAGGAAGUUCUCAAAGAUUUCCGUUCUGGACACGAAAACAAACUCCUAAACCAAUUAACCAGUCAAGGAUCCUUUUUCUGCAGCGUCACGAAGUUCGCUUUACCUCAGCUUAGCAAGGUGUGGUCCGUCGCCCAAUGAAAGCUCCCGAAAAACAUUUACAAUUACUUUACCAUUCGUUACAUUAACAACUCUCUUCCGACGCGCAAAAACCUAAACAGAUGGGAAUAUCUUCAAAUUCAGACUGUUCUUUUUGUCUUAGCCCUGAAACAUUACUACACAUAGUAGCUGGAUGUCAGUUUUAUCUCGACCGAUUUACGUGGAAACACAAUUCAGUCCUAAACUUUCUUGCUCAUCAGUUACAAACUGUUGACGGUUCUACUCUCUACGCUGAUCUAAAUGGAUUCAAAAGCCCUUCAAUACUUACUGGUGAUACGUAUCGCCCAGAUUUGUUAUUAUCGUGCUCAAAUGGUUCCUUAUAUGUGGUUGAACUCACCACUGGUUAUGAGACAAACCUCGAAAACAACGUAAAACGGAAGAAGGAUAAAUAUAGAGAAAGAAUUAUUGAGACAGCUAG